UUAUUUAUAACGCAACUAAACGCUAACGAAAAAAGAGAAAGAUCGGUUCGGUCGGUGGCUAUUUUUGGAGGGGCCACCGCUGUCCGCCAGCUGUUUCCAUCUAGUCAAGAGCAUCAUCAUCGAUUGCUGUACUCAACAGGAAACGCGGUCGGUUGAGUCAACAUUUUCUUCAUUAGAUACUUCAAAUUGCAUUUUUUCGUUGUUAUUGUUGUUGUUGUGAGUCUCGAUAUUAUGGAGUACGAUACUAGUUAUCAGCAGAUAUGCUCUACGCGCACCGUACAGUCGGACAAGAAGGGUUUCUUUAAUGAAUUCUGCGCCGAUGUGAGAUCGGCAUGUGGGGACAAGUGGCUACAGAACUAUUUUGGCAAACUGAAAUCAAAUGCGGCGCGUGUCUUGUCUAUAUUCAGUGAUCGUGAGGUCUGCGAUCCAGUAUUGGGUGUACUGGAGCAUGUUCAGCCCGUGUUUAAGGCGAAGGAGGCUCUCUUUUCGGCCCAGAGAAGGGCCCAGGCAGACAAGUACUAUCUGCUGGCAUGCAGCACAUCAGAAGAGGAGGAGCGUAAGGAAUUGCUACAACAGGGUCUGCUGGCGGCUCAUUUGGCCGUGAUACGUGCCCCAGCCCGCAAUGUGGAUGAGAGUAUCGAUGAUGGUCUAACCCUGGCCUUGGCUUAUAGAUCGCGUUCCUCCAUAUUGAUUGCAUUGGGUGAGGGCGAGGCGGCAUUGAGCGAUUUGAAGUUGGCCAGCAAUUUCGGACUGGAACUUAAGGAGAGUGUGGAUUACUAUUGUAAAAUGGCCAAGGCUUAUGCCACCAUGGGGGAAAAUGCCCGCUCAGAGAUAUCAUUGAAGAUUGCAGAAAAGUUGGCUGGCUCCGAUACUGGACUGAUUAUAGCUUCUCGCAAGGAAAUCGCUAAUAUCAAGCCCAAGGAAAAAGAGGAGACCAGAGAGUUGUUACCAGAAUUGACGCAUGGCCCAAAUCCAGAGCUGAGUGGAGCUGCCCAAGGUGUCAAAUUGGUGGAGACCAAGGAAAAGGGACGCUUUGUGGUGGCCAAUGGAGGUUUAAAAACCGGGGAUGUGGUUCUCUGCGAGAAUCCCGUUGCAGCUUGUUUGCUGCCCAACUUCUUUGGCACCAAUUGCCAUCAUUGCUUCAAGCGGCUUCGUAAUCCUGUGGCCUGUCUGCAUUGCUCGGGUGUGGCCUUCUGCUCGGCUCAGUGUAUGGGUGAGGCUUCCGAGAGCUAUCAUCGUUUCGAGUGCGAGUUCAUGGACUUGCUCAUUGGUUCGGGCAUGUCCAUAUUGUGUUUCAUUGCACUGCGCGUCUUUACACAGGCAUCGAGUCUGGAGGAUGGACUGAAUACCGCAAAUUUGCUUUUUGAACAUUUGUGCUCUCACGAGGAUGUGCGCCAGGCCGAUGAUUAUUUGCAGCGUUCGCUUAUGGCUGGUUUCUUGUUGAGGAUUUUGCAAAAGGCUCAGUACUUUGGUCGUCGCAAGACCGAAGGAGUUAAUCCCACUGCAGUGGAGCUGCAGGUGGCCACAUCCUUAUUGGGCUUACUUCAGGUCCUUCAGUACAAUGCCCAUGAAAUCUACCAGACACUUGUCACCGAUGAUCAUCGUUUCGAGGGCAGCAAAACAAUUCAUGUGGGUGCUGGUCUGUAUGGCACCGGUUCAUAUUUCAAUCACGAAUGUUGGCCCAGCGUAGCCAGUUAUUUUGUAGGCAAAAAGCUGGUUCUAAGGACUACAAAGCCACAUCGUCCCAAUGAAGUGGUCGCUGUCAAUUAUGGACCCAUAUUCACCACCAUGCAUCUCAAGGAACGACAGCGUUCUCUUCGAGGACGUUAUGCGUUCAGUUGCAAUUGCAUGGCCUGUCAGGAAAACUGGCCUCUAUUGCAGAAGCUGGAUAAGCAUGUCAGGUUCUGGUGCACUUCAGCUAAUUGUGUUUAUUUACUCAAGUUCCCGAAGGAUUUGGCGAAAGAUGUGCGAUGUCCUCGCUGCCGUAAAAAUGUCUCACUAAAAGAGAGUGUGGCCAAGCUUAUAAAAAUUGAAGAACUUUAUCGGGAAGCUGCACAGGCCAUGCACGCACAGAAGACUGUGGAGGCCAUUGAACUUUUCAAAGAGGGCAUCGAUCUCUUCUAUCAAAUAGCAGCUCUUCCACAUAAGGACACUCUCAUUGCGCAACAUUCGUUGCUGAAGUGUCUCGCUGAUACCGGCACCACAUUUAAGAAGUAACAAAUAUCCUACAUAGAUGUUUACAAUUUAAUACCGGUUCAUUGAUCAUCAAUAAAGCGGCUUUCCUUCACAUGUCUA